GGCGCCGCACGCCACUCACUACACUCCGCACGCCGCGCGCCGCGGAGUCCCUAGGAGCUGAUGCUCGUGGGAGCGACCUGGCUCGGAGCGUGGGUCGCCGCUCCUCCGAGACACCAUGCAGGUCUCCAGCCUCAACGAGGUGAAGAUUUACAGUCUCAGCUGCGGCAAGUCCCUUCCUGAGUGGCUUUCCGACAGGAAGAAGCGAGCACUGCAGAAGAAGGAUGUCGAUGUCCGCAGAAGAAUUGAACUGAUUCAGGAUUUUGAAAUGCCUACUGUUAGUACCACCAUUAAGGUUUCAAAAGAUGGACAGUAUAUUUUGGCAACUGGCACCUACAAGCCUCGGGUCCGGUGCUACGACACCUACCAGUUGUCCUUGAAGUUUGAGAGGUGUUUAGACUCAGAAGUGGUCACCUUUGAAACGUUGUCUGACGACUAUUCAAAGAUCGUCUUCUUGCAUAACGAUCGAUACAUUGAGUUCCAUUCCCAGUCAGGUUUUUACUACAAAACCAGAAUCCCCAAGUUUGGGAGGGACUUCUCGUACCAUUACCCGUCCUGCGACUUGUACUUCGUCGGCGCAAGCUCUGAAGUUUAUAGAUUAAACCUAGAACAAGGACGGUACCUGAAUCCUCUGCAGACGGAUGCCGCGGAGAACAACGUUUGCGACAUCAACUCAGCGCACGGCUUGUUUGCCACGGGAACGGUAGAGGGCCGCGUGGAGUGCUGGGACCCCAGGACGCGCGGCCGAGUCGGCCUGCUGGACUGCGCGCUCAGCAGCGUCACCGCAGACUCGGAGAUAAACAGUUUACCAACCAUCUCUGCCUUGAAGUUCCAUGGCGCCUUGACCAUGGCAGUCGGGACAUCCACAGGGCAGAUCUUACUCUACGACCUGCGGUCGGACAAGCCGCUGCUAGUUAAGGACCACCAGUACGGGCUGCCCAUUAAGUCGCUUCAUUUCCAGGACUCCUUAGACUUGAUCUUGUCUGCAGACUCGCGGAUUAUCAAGAUGUGGAAUAAGAACUCGGGGAAAGUAUUUACUUCCUUGGAGCCAGAACACGACAUCAAUGACGUCUGCCUCUACCCCGACUCAGGGAUGCUUCUCACCGCCAACGAAACCCCCAAGAUGGGCAUCUAUUACAUUCCGGUGUUGGGCCCCGCCCCCAGGUGGUGCUCCUUCCUGGACAACCUGACGGAGGAGCUGGAGGAGAACCCGGAGAGCACGGUGUACGACGACUACAAGUUCGUCACCCGGAAGGACCUGGACAACUUAGGGCUCACGCAUCUCAUCGGGUCGCCUUUUCUCCGGGCCUACAUGCAUGGGUUCUUCAUGGACAUACGGCUCUACCACAAGGUGAAGCUGAUGGUAAACCCGUUUGCUUACGAAGAAUACAGGAGGGACAAGAUCCGACAGAAGAUAGAGGAGACCCGGGCACAGAGAGUCCAGUUAAAGAAGCUGCCGAAGGUCAACAAAGAGCUGGCGCUGAAACUGAUGGAGGAGGAGGAGGAGAAGCGGAACUCCGCGUGGAGAAAGAAAGCCAAGAGCCUUCCCAAUAUCCUUACCGACGACCGAUUUAAAGUUAUGUUUGAGAACCCCGACUUCCAAGUAGACGAAGAGAGCGAAGAAUUUAGGCUUCUGAAUCCACUUGUUUCAAAGAUCAGUGAAAAAAGGAAGAAGAAACUGAGACUCUUAGAGCAGCAGGAACAGCGAGACAAGGAAGAGGAGGAGGAGCCGGAAGGAAGGCCGAGCGACGCGGAGAGCUCGGGGAGCUCGGACGACGAGAAGGCCUGGGUCGAGGAGGUCAGGAAGCAGCGCCGGCUGCUGCAGCAGGAGGAGCGGGCGAAGCGGCGGCAGCAGCUCCGGGAGGACCAGCAGACCGUCCUCAAGCCCCAGUUUUACGAGAUCAAGGCAGGCGAGGAAUUCAGAAGCUUCAAAGACUCCGCCACGAAGCAGAAGCUGAUGAAUAAAGCCCUGGAGGAUCGGCUGAAACUCGAAGCAGAAAAGGGGGCGCUGAGCGUGGCGGACACCACGGUGGGCAGCAAGCAGCUGACGUUCACGCUGAAGAGGUCCGAACAGCAGAAGCAGCAGCAGGAGGCCGAGAAACGGCACCGCCAGGAGAGGAGAGCCCUGCGUCGCUCAGCUGGCCACCUCAAGUCCAGGCGCACGAGAGGGCGGCCCUUCCACUGAGUCCGGAGCGGGCUGGCUGCGCGGCUGCGGAGGUGGGUCGGCACCAGCGCGCGCCGGUCACAGCAUCCUGUCCGUCCCUGGCACGCGUCCCGAGGCUGAGAUUUGCAGCUGCCCCGCACCUUCUGCAGAGCUUCGCCCCAGGGCGCAGGAGCUGCUGCUCCCCACGAACGUCGUCCGCACACCCCCCUCCCGCCCAGUCCGAACCCAGUAGACCAGGCGGCCGUCCCCCCACGCUGCGCAGUGUGCACCGCCUGCGUCCGGGUGGCCCCCUGGGCUGGAGACGGGCAGCGGCAGGGGACGCUCUCUCACGGAUCCGGGGCUUUCUCUGCCGGUGCCGCUGCCACCCCCGGCGACCGCCACCCCAGCUCAGCCGCCCUUGGCCGUGGUCACCUGUGUCUGCGUGUGCUUGUGGGGUAGCUGCUGGUCUGCGUGUCCGUUUGGGAUUUUUUUAAAAAUAUGUUUAUACCAAGAAUGUAAAUUAAUGGCAAGAACAAUGUAAAGCAUGAAAUAGAAGUUAUUACUGGGAGUAACUGAAGUUAUUUUUUAUACUUGUCCAAGCUUAAAUAGAGAUUUUUUUCACGUUUCUGAAAUGCGUACAGAUAGACAAGCUGGAGACAACAUUUGUAGAAAUAAAUUCUUUUAUUCGAA